GCUAGGCACGUACGGAAAUCAUCAACAUUGCUUCAUACAUUUGAACAAAAUCUUUACUGCUACACCGAUCCGGAGGUCACGAUAUCUAAAAACAUUCAUGAUAUGGCAUGCUUAAAUAUAUGAACAAUUUUCUGUUUCCAUUUCAUAAACAUAGACCGUCAGACGAAAGGCAAGCUAAUUCAAACUAUUUGAGUUAUAGCGAAAUUAUAUACACAACAUUUUAAUCUGAUAAACAAUCUGUAUGACAAUACUUUUAUUUAAGGGCACCUGUGAAAAAAUCCUCUAGUUUCAAAUAUAUUAAGGAAAUAUUCAGAAGGACGCAAUAUACGUUGAAACGUUUAACAUCGAAGGAAAGAUUAAAACGGAAUAUUUCUAUUCAAUUAUUCACCAUGAAAUUGAUAAUUGCCUUAAUUGUUAUAUCAAUCGGAAGCGCUUCUACAGAAGAAAACGACCUUCAAUAUGAAUUACUCAGAUACUAUGAUAAAACAAUGACACCUGUUGAUGCAAAUGAGACCACGUUAAGCCUAUAUGUGACACUUAGCAUAAAGAAUAUUAUUGAAUUAGACAUUAAGCAAGGUAUUCUAACAAGUCAUCUGAUGCUCGGCAUAAGAUGGCAGGACAAUAAUCUGAAAUGGAAUGAUUCAAUGUCUAGUCGAAACCAUAUAGAUGUUACCUUAUCUAAGAUUUGGUAUCCUAAUAUUCAAAUAUGUAAUAGUGUAUCAGGUGAUUUCAGUUUCGAUGUGGACAAGGAAGUCACUGUCAAAUACGAUGGGUUCGUUCACUUACAUAUAGACAAAAUAUUUAAAACAUACUGCAGGAUUAACGUUGAAAAUUAUCCUUUUGAUCAGCACGAAUGUGAUAUAACUGUUUGCCUUGAACAUCAGAUGUAUAUGGAGGAAACAAUAGAGGACUUUGUUAUCGAUGUAAAAUUAAAAACUAAAUCAAAUCAAUGGAAUUUCUCUUUUGAAGAGACUGAGAUGGAAAAGGAUGAUGUUAUAGCAGCUGGUCUUAUAGUUUACGGCAAGAGAAAAGUUAGCAGUGCAACAAUAACAAAAAUUAUACCCCCAAUAAUGUUAACAUUAUUGGUCCUUUCCGUUCAUGUAUUGCCAGCCUCAUCUGGAGAGAAAGUUUGUGCUGCAAUAACUGUUUUUCUUACAAACAUCGUUUUCCUUUCUGAAACUGAAAAGAUAUUGGGUAAUAAUUCUCAGGAUCCCUCUUUAUAUCUAAUCUAUCUUUUAAUUCUGACAUUUGUCAGUGGAUGUUCCUCUAUCGAAUCAGUAAUUGUGUGUAAACUUUAUGCCCAACAGACUGGAUCAGACAUCAAUUUAACUCCAGAAAUUGCACGAGAAUCAAAAGGAUCCAGAAAUAGUGUUGGUGUCAUUGAAAACUCAGAUGAACAGAAUAUUAAAGUAAGAGAUAUAAACCUUUCUAAAAGACAUUUUAUAAACUAUCAGAAGCUAGACAAAAUAUUUUUGUCAAUAGUUGUUAUAUUCCUAGUAGUACUUUAUAUAAUUUUUGCUUUGUCGAGUUCUUACUAAGGCUUAGAAAAAAGUAGACUGAAACCAUUCUAAUAAAUAAUGAAAAGAAAAAAAAAAACAAGCAUCAGAAGGCAAUGCAGAAUCUGCGUACACACUAAGUUAAAACAAAAUUUGAUUAAAAAUACACCUCUUCAGCCGAAUUCAUAAUUCAACAAAAUGGCAUCAAAAGUUAUUUGCCUUCCUUAUCGUUUACGUGUAUGUCCGCCAGUUUUGAAGAUAAAUCAACAUUUAAUGAUUUCGAGACACUCACCUAAUGGUAUUUCUGUCGAAUGUGGUGAAAUUCCGUUCAGCCGCUUUCAUAUAAUUUUGCAAACACAAAAACAAACAGACUAUGUCGAGCAACUACAACAACCUACGCGCGAAAGCGAAGCGAAGGUGACUAACAAAUACCUAACUGAAUGCGCAUAAAUUCUAUAUUUCAUCUAAGAGCCAUUUGAAGAGUUGACGCAGACAAGUGAAUUUUGAAUACACCGGCUUUCAGCACAAUCUCCAGUACGCUUUUAAAAUAAUGUUGUUAGGCAACAUGUCUUUCUUCACCUCAAGUUUGACAUAAUGUGCUAUAGACACUUCAAAACGACUAUCUCUUGAAAGAGACACAGUCGGGUUGUCUCCUAAAUCCUAAACCCCCACUUACCACGUCACACCCGCACACAUACCCACAAAUGAUAACAGUUCAAGUUUCUACUCACCUACCUCGGUAGGCUUUCUCGCUUGCACUGCGCGACACACAUACACGCCCAUAAAAAAUACACAAAAAUAUAGAAUUUUUACUUUUCAGACAUGUUUCUUUUGUGAUGAAUACUAACGUUUCGAUACAUUAAAAUGCACUACAUUUGGGUGUUGUGUUCUUGAAGCAAUCAUUUCUUUUCCUAAUCCUCCAGUACACUCGACACUAAAGAAGGGACACUGAAGCACAUUAGAAUUCCAUUCAAGUGGAGCGUUAUGAUCUCGGUCAUUUAUACAUUUUGGAAA